AUGGGAGGAAAAGGGGUGAAAAGGGCGCCCCUGUUCACCAGGAUCCUUCGGAGGUUCUUUGCCAUCUGCUUUCUGCUAAUACUGGUGCCGCUACUAACCCUUAUAAUCUUGGAGCAUGCAUCAUCUCCUUCAUCCACAACGAUGGCGCCACACAUUCAGCGACAGGCGGAUGUGCUGAACGGAGAAGGUGCACUGGAGCGGGGGGCAAAGACACUCUUGGCUGGUUAUGGGGGCGGAGAUGAGGAUGGGACGUUAGUGCCGCUAAGCGAGAUUCCACCGUCUCCGUACUUUUCAUUUGACUCACGUAUUAUGCCGCCAAAAUUUCUUCGCAGUUUGCAGAAUGCCUCUCGCCGCAUCAACAAAAAAUGGAUCAGUUCUAAACUUAAUCGAUAUGACAAGGUUGACAUCUCAGACUGUGAUACAGUAACCCCAGAAUGCGCCUUGCACAAGUACCUGCUUAAGCGUGGUGUGAAAGAUCCCAAUCAACGGCCUUAUCGAAAAUGUUGCGUGGAGCAUAAGGCUCUUCGAGAGACAACUGUGUGGGUGAUACGGAAACUAAAAUUCGCGAACAUAACGUACUUUCUCUCAACUGGCACUGCUCUCGGAGCACGGAGGCAUGCAGGUGCCAUUAUCCCAUGGGAUACGGAUGUCGACAUUGCGGUCUACCCAAAUGACAGAAGCAGGGUGGAGGAACUCUUUUGCAACAACGGAGAGCAUUAUUUUAGGAAGGAUUUGAAUGGAAAACCUAUGUUUUGGAUUUACGAGUCGGAAAGUGGGAAACCCCAAAGUGGGCCCCAUGUUGAGAUCUUUUACGAUCCCGUCUACACGCGUUUUCCGCAUCUGCUACUUCCACUGGAGGGUUGUUUCUUUUACGAUGAACCUGCGACGUGCCCGAGCAUCAAGCAGUUUGAGGAGUGGUUCCCGAGUGGCUGGAACGUCUACAGCGGGGGUCAUUACAACGGUCCCAAGUUUUGCGUUGUUCGUGAGAAUGGCAUUGCAAGGGUGAGACGGCGGUGUUGA